AAAAUAUAAAUGUUUCUCAAGAAUAUGUUUAAGAGACAGACUCGUUUCGAAAAGAAUCUCUUUGAAAGUACCAUUUAUGAUAAUUCUGAAACAGUUGAUUUAGAAGAUAUUAAGAAAAUGUUAUAAGGUAAAUAUUACUGAUUCAAAAAAGGUUAUCCCUCAAAAGAAGAAGAGGAUUAAUUAGUUUAGAGCAUGACGAUUGUUUAAAUAUUUAAAGAAUUUUUACGACUAAUUCCAUAAUAAUUAGAAACUCCUAAAAAAUUAAAAGUAUUAUUAACAAUACAUGUCUUAAUGGGUGAUAUCAAACAUGGUAGAUUAUUUGUAUAAUAAUUCCUUGGAUGGAUGGGAUGGUAACAUACAGAACAAAAAGAUGUUUUUACAAAGUUCUCAUCUGUUUAAACUAUGAUCAUUCAAAAAUUAGCGUUGAUUAGUGAAAUUAUAUCGAAGAGUAAAUUAAAGAACAAUGUCAAUAUGAUAUGUAAAUCUAUUUCAAUUAUCAUUAUCCAUAGUUAAAGAUAUUGAAUCCAAUCUAAUGUAAUUUUAUAAAAUCAUUAAUGCAUUAAAUCUCAUUUUAGGAUAACAUGAUGUAUAAAAAUAUUUUUGAAAUAAGUUUUACGCACAGGUCUUUUCUACUCAUAAUAGAAUUGUAGUUAUGGAAAUUUAUUUACUAUUAUGGAAUGAUGUUAUUGGACUCUAUUUAAUGUUAGAAAGGUAAUUCUAUAAAAUAUUCUAGUUCAUAGGUUUGUUCAAUAAUUCUUGGAUUGUUAUCAAUAAAUGGACUAAUAAUAAUCAAUCCAAGUUUAUGAAUUGUUUAAUGAAUACAUUAAACUUACACCUCUAGUCAAAAAAUUUGCAUAAUUAUGCGUUUUCUUUUAAAAAUGUAAUAUCAAUGAACCUAAAUGGUAUUAACCAACUAAAAAGGAAAUUGAAGAACUUUAAAUUUAUUUUUAGAAUGUUAAAAUUUACCUUACUAGUAGAUCAAAAAGAUUAAAAAAUGAAAAAUCUAGUCCCUAACCAAAUCGAAAUUGUUAAACUUCUGGUAGAGAAAUGAAAAAAUCAUAAUCCUAAUCUUAAAUUAUCUAAAAAGAUGAUAAUAAACAACAAUAAGACAAUUAUUUAUCCAAUACUACUAUGAGUUAUGCAUAAAAAAUAAAUCAAGGAAAUAAUGCAUCUUAAGGAUUAUAAUACACAUUUGAGAGCGAUUGUUAAACAGGAGAUGUUGUUAAAUAAUGA